CACAGCUUAUUCUGAGGUUUCCAAUGGCAGCGACACGGGAUUCCGGGCCGGGGCUCUGCUGUAAGCCCGGCGGGCGGCUGGACAUGAGCCACGGCUUCGUGCACCAUAUCCGACGGAACCAGCUCGCCCGGGACGACUACGACAAGAAGGUGAAGCAAGCGGCUAAGGAGAAAGUGAGGAGGCGGCACACACCCGCGCCGACGCGGCCCCGCAAGCCCGACCUGCAGGUGUACCUACCGCGACACCGAGAUGGCUCUACCCACCCAAGCAACCCAGACUGUGAGGAGUCCGGUGAAAGCAGCUGUAGUGGCGGCUCCGAGCCAGAGCCUUCUGGCCAUCAGCUCUUCUGCUUAGAAUAUGAGACAGACAGCGGAGAGGUCACAUCAGUUAUCGUGUAUCAGGAUGAUGAUCCAGGAAGGGUGAGUGAGGAGGUAUCUGCACACACACCUCUGGAUCCACCCAUGCGAGAAGCCCUCAAGUUGCGCAUCCGAGAGGAGAUUGCAAAACGCCAGCGCAGACACUGACCAGACUGAAGGCAUUCUCUCCAGGCUGAAUUCACUGCCCAGAGAGCUCAACCUCUAGUUUGGGGGUGCCAGGGCCAAUUUGGAUUGAUCUUGAGACCCUCCCUGCAAGCUGCCACAUCCACAGAAAAUAGGUGUUGCAGGGACUAUGCCUGGCCACCUCCUGUGUACCUAGUCUUGUAUGUUGGCCCAUUUGACCAGCCUAAUAACCUGGAAUUUUUUGAGAAUUUUGUUUGGCACUUUGGGGUUCUGGAAGCAGAAACUCCAGAGAAAGCCAACAUAUACAAAGCCUAUGCCAACUUGCUGGUUUUUCACUGACGUCUUAUGCCAUGGGACACCGGGCAUUUUUUUU